CUGAUUUAAAUAAGAAACCAAAGUAGCAGUGUUUUACCUGCAGAAACCAGCAUAGGACUUGCUCAGGGUAUCUGGGUUGAAUUCUUCCAUUUCUUUUAACAUAUUCCAUUCUGUCAUAUUGAUAACCUUUUAGCAAAUCCCCAAAGAAAAAUUUCUCUGGGAUGUCAUGGAUUUUGUGCUACCUUUUUCAUCUCUGCCCUCUGUUUCCUCUCCUACUACUGACAGAACCCUUUUUAGCCACUGCUCAAUCCUUCAAAAACAUAUCUUUAGGUGCAUCCCUCACUGCAUUGAAUGAUAACAGUUCCUGGUCGUCACCGUCGGGUGAAUUUGCCUUCGGUUUUCAGCAAAUUGAAACUGAUGGCUUCCUACUAGCUAUCUGGUUCGACAAGAUACCUCAAAAAACAAUUGCCUGGUCUGCUAAUAGAAAUAAUCUAGUGCAAAGAGGCUCCGAAAUUAAGCUCACUGAAGAUGGCCGAUUAGUUCUUAAUGACCCAAAAGGCAAACGGAUAUGGAACGCUGAUACUGCUGGACGCAGACCUGCCUAUGCAGCCAUGCUCAACGAUGGAAACUUUGUGCUUGCAUAUGAUGGUACGGAAAAUUUGUGGGAGAGCUUUGGUGAACCAACUGACACCAUAUUGCCCACACAAACUUUAACUCAAGGAAAUAAACUCAUUUCUCAUUACUCAAGCACAAAUUAUUCAACUGGAAGAUUUCUUUUUACACUACAAUCUGAUGGUGAUCUGAAGCUCUAUACAACUUAUUUCCCACUGGCUUCUCCUAACUUUGGUUAUUGGUCAUCUGAGACUGUUAACAGUGGCUUUCAGGUGAUCUUCAACCAGUCUGGAGAAAUUUACCUUGAAGCAAAAAACAAAAGCAUACUUGUGAUGUUGUCUGCAAGUGUACCUUCAACUCAAGACUUUUAUCAUAGAGCAAUUCUGGAAUAUGAUGGAGUUUUCAGGCAUUAUGUCUACCCAAAGGACCCUAGUCUCCGUGUCGCUGGCGGGCCUAUGAGGUGGUCCCCUGUAUCAUUCACGCCUGUAAACAUCUGCUUGAAAAUUAGAGAAGAAAAAGGCAGUGGAGCUUGUGGGUUCAAUAGCUACUGCGUUCUAGAUGAUGACCACAGACCAAAUUGCAGAUGUCCGCAGGGUUAUACCUUCUUGGAUCCAGAUGAUGUGAUGAAGGGAUGCAAGCAGGACUUUGUUUCACAGAACUGUGAAGAGGCAUCACUAGAAGUGGAUCUAUUCUAUAUGGAAGUAAAGGAAAACACGGACUGGCCAUUAUCUGAUUAUGAGUACUUUAGAAUAGUAACUGAGGAUUGGUGCAGAAAGGCUUGCUUGAGUGAUUGUUUCUGUGCUGUUGCCAUUUUCAGAGAUGGUGAAUGUUGGAAGAAGAAAAUUCCCCUAUCAAAUGGCAGGUUUGAUUCCACAGAUGGAGGAAAAGCUCUUAUAAAAGUUCGAAGAGACAACUCUACUUUGAAGCCUGAUGAUGAAAAUUCAUCAAGAAAUAAAAAUCAUUCAACUUUGAUCAUCAUUGGGUCGUUGCUGUUAAGUAGUUCAUUGUCUCUUAACUUUCUUCUACUGCUAGGAGCUCUUCUGGCUGUUUUCUGCUUUGGUUAUGGAAAAGCAAAGAAGCUUCAAUUAGAGGGAACCAUGCAAGGAAUAAACCUGCAAAGUUUCACUUACAAUGAAUUAGAAAAAGCCACAGAUAAAUUCAAGGAAGAAAUUGGCAGGGGUGCUUUCGCAACAGUCUAUAAAGGAGUACUAGGAUUUGAUAAUGCACUUCUGGUCGCAGUUAAGAAAUUGCACAACAUGGUGGGAGAAAAUGAUAAGGAAUUUAAAGCAGAAGUGAGAGCAAUUGGCAGAACAAAUCACAAGAAUUUAGUGCACCUAAUAGGAUUCUGCAACGAAGAAGAACACCGCCUUUUGGUAUACGAGUUCGUAAGAAAUGGAAAUUUAGCAAAUUUUCUAUUUGGAAAUUCAAGACCCCAUUGGUACAAAAGAAAGCAGAUUGCUUUUGGAAUUGCAAGAGGACUCUUCUACUUGCAUGAAGAAUGCAGCACUCAGAUCAUACAUUGUGACAUUAAACCUCAAAACAUUCUUCUUGAUGACUCAUUUACUGCAAGAAUUUCUGACUUUGGAAUAGCCAAGCUAUUGAUGACAGACCAGACUCGAACAACAACUGCAAUUAGAGGAACCAGAGGUUAUGUAGCCCCUGAAUGGUUCAAGAACUUGCCUGUCACAGCCAAGUUUGAUGUCUACAGUUUUGGCAUUCUGCUUUUAGAGCUGACCUGCUGCAGGAAAAAUUUUGAAGCAGAGGUGGAAGAUGAAAAUCAGAUGGUACUAGCCGACUGGGCUUAUGAUUGCUACAAGGGAGGGGAAUUGUACCUGCUAAUACAGAACGAUGAGGAGGCAAAGCAAGACAUAAAGAGGGUUGAGAAGUUUGUGAUGAUUGCAAUCUGGUGCAUUCAGGAGGAUCCAUCUCUAAGACCUGCAAUGAAGAAAGUUACACAGAUGCUGGAAGGAACAGUGGAAGUUUCUGUUCCUCCAGAUCCAUCAUCAUUUAUGAGUUCAAUUGGAUCCCUCUGAAAUAUUAUUCAUAGAUUGAUUAUUAGUUUUUUUAAUUUAGUUGGUCUAAAUUACUAUCAAUGCUUUCUUCAGGUGACUAAGAAAUGGAAGUGGACAGUCAAUCAAACGUAAAUUGCAAGAUUACGCUUUGCUUGUUCUUGGUUCA